ACGCUUGUGUUUCACCCCGGACAGAUUAAAAAAACGACGCAGCAUGGAUCCUGGUGUGGAGAGCAGCAUGGAGGCCGUCAGGAGGAGUAAGGACGAGAAGAAAGUUCUCCGUAAGCAGAUCAAAGCCAGCCACACUCUGCUGAAACAUGAAGGCAUCAGCACGACGCCUCAGCCCAGCAAAAGUUUGGUGGUGGCUAACGGCGGCCUGGGGAACGGCGUGAGUCGCGAGGCCCUGUCUGCAGCGCUGAAGGAGAUGGGAGAGCUGGAGACGCUGAUCAUGCACCCUCACAAGCCCUACGCUUUUGUCACAUACAGAUCUGAAGAGUGUGCUCGGAAAGCCCACGUCCACCUCAAUGGCCAAAAGCUGCAAUGUGGAGAGAACAGUGUGACACUCUACCUCAGUUAUGUUGACUCAGUAACUUGUAAAGAGGAGGCGUCCCUACCUUUGCCGGACGGAUUAGUCUUGGUGGAAGAUUUUGUGUCUCCGAAGGAAGAGGCUCUGCUGCUCGCUGCCAUUGACUGGUCCGGUACUAAUGAUGACGUCACCGCUCAAAAAGCUCUGAAGCACAGAAGAGUCAAACAUUAUGGUUUUGAGUUUCGCUACGAUAACAACAACGUGGAUAAGGACAAACCGUUACCUGCAGGUAUUCCUCAGGAGUGUCUGCCUGUUUUGGAGCGGUGUUUGAAGAACAAACACAUCAUCACGAUGCCAGACCAGCUGACUGUCAACCAGUAUGAAUCAGGACAGGGCAUUCCUCCUCACGUGGACACUCACUCUGCCUUUGAAGACACCAUCCUGUCACUGAGCCUUGGGGCGCAGACGGUGAUGGAGUUCCGUCACCCUGACGGACGUCUUGUUUCUGUUGUGUUGCCUGGACGGAGCCUCCUGGUGAUGAAGGGAGAAAGCAGAUACCUCUGGACACAUGGGAUUACUCCUCGGAAGUUUGACAUGGUGCCGGCUUGUGACCCACAAUUCCCUGCUCAUACAAUGUCUGACCUCAGGACCAACAGCAAUCUCACUUUGAGCAAGAGGGGCACCCGCACUUCCUUCACUUUCCGCAAGAUCAGACAUGAACCCUGCCGCUGUGCCUUCCCCUCUGCCUGUGACAGUCAGGGAGGACCCUCAGCCUCUCCGCCAUCUCCCCCAUCGCUACCCAGUUGCCAUGCCGACGCAGCCCAUCUGGAGGAAGAGUAUGUGCACCGGGUGUACGACGCCAUCGCCUCCCACUUCAGCAGCACUCGCCACACCCCUUGGUCUCGCGUUUGCCACUUCCUGUCCUCGCUCCCGCCCGGCAGCGUGCUGGCUGAUGUGGGAUGUGGAAAUGGAAAAUACCUGGGUGUCAACCCAGAGGUGAUUGCAGUUGGUUGUGACCGUAGCAGUGCUCUUAUCCAAAUCUGUGCAGAGAGAGGUUUCCAGGUGUUUGUGUCUGACGCUCUCAGUGUCCCUCUGCGAACAGCCUCCUGUGAUGCCUGCAUCUCUAUAGCCGUCAUACACCAUUUUUCUACACAGGAGCGUCGGCUGGCAGCAGUGAGGGAGCUGGUGAGACUUUUGAAGCCUGGAGGUCGAGCGCUGAUCUACGUUUGGGCUUUUGAGCAAGAGUACAACAAGCAGAGGUCCAAGUACCUCAAAGACCAGAACAAAGAGCGUCCUGAGAACCACAGUCCCUCUGACAACACAUCAGAAGACAGCCAAGAACCUCAUGGGAAAGCCAGUAUCCAAACCAGCAGAUGUUUAGAAGACAGCCCUGUAGAUGACCUUCAAUGUGUGAGCAAAGUGAGUGAUGGUAAACUUAGUGUGCACACCAACCGCACAGCCUUCAACACCCAGGACCUUUUGGUUCCCUGGCAUCUGAAAGACGGGAAAAGACGAGGGCAGGAAGAAUCAGGAGAGGGAGUGAAGAAGGAUACAAAGAAGGAGAAGUCCAAAAAGACUUAUAACUCUAUAACCACAUCAGAUUGUAACCCUGAUCCCAGUCCAGGUUUUGAGACUAGCGUGCCCUCUGGAUCAGGUCAGGACACCAGUGAUGCCGCUCACAGCUCAGACUCUAAACCCAGUGCAAGUGACGACACAACUCAGACCUCCACUUCUACUCGAAAGUCUCAAUCAGAGAGCAGCCCGACGCCCGUUUUUCACCGCUAUUACCACGUGUUCCAGCAGGGAGAGCUGGAGCAGCUGUGCGGUCAGGUGGCUGGAGUCAAAGUGCAGAGCAGCUACCAUGACCAGGGAAACUGGUGUGUUAUAUUGGAGAAGGAUAUGAACUUAUAAUUUAUGUUAAUUUAGCUACCAAUAUGUAUUUCAACAAGAGAAUGAAUGCGACAUAAACAGAGAGGGAAUUAAAGGAUUUGUCAAGUGCUGCGAAAUAAAUAUAACGAUUUUACAA